AUGGGUAACGGGGCAAGUGCUACCCAAAUGGUGGUGGACGGAGAAACGUAUGAUAUAGCGAAAUUAAAGUUAUUAUUCCCCGAAAUGAAGUCGGAAUUGAAGGAUAAGGAUGCCAAAAUACGGAAAUUAGAAAUUGAGAGUCGUGACAAGACUAAACAAAUUAACGAAAAUAACAAGGAGAUAACACGUUUGAAAGAGGAGGUUCAUAAAUUGAAAUCAGUGCUACAAUUAAAGGUUCACAAGGAUGGAAAACCUGAUAUUUUAGCAACGAUACAAGAGACAGAACCACCGGUAGUUGUACAGGAAGUACGGAGUAAGAAACAAGGUGUUUCAGGUGAAAGCUCCUCUAAUUCUCAGAGUAAUGUGGAAUUAAAACAUCAUGAUAAAGAUUUCAGAUCGAAACAAUUAAUAAAAGAUGCCAUAUUAGAUAAUGACUUUUUAAAGAAUUUAGAUUCCACACAAGUUCGAGAGAUAGUAGAUUGUAUGUAUGAUAAGAAAAUUAAAGAAGGUCAUUAUAUUAUAAAGGAAGGAGAAUCAGGAAAUCACCUCUAUGUUUCAGCAGAUGGAGAAGUUGAGGUACAGAAAGAAGGAACGAUAUUGGGUAGAAUGGCGUCAGGCAGAGCAUUUGGUGAACUGGCUAUACUUUACAACUGUACUAGAACAGCUUCUGUUAAAGCCUUAACAGAGGUACGAGUGUGGGUGUUAGAUCGAGCUAUGUUUCAAGCCAUUAUGAUGAAAACUGGAAUACAAAGACGUGAUGAAAAUAUACGUUAUCUUCGAAGUGUGCCUUUAUUACGAGAUCUGCCUGCUGACAAAUUAGCCAAAUUAGCUGAUGUUUUAGAAAUAGAUUUUUACCAUGAAGGAGAAUAUAUAAUACGUGAAGGCGCCACUGGAGAUUCCUUCUUUAUCUUAAAUAAAGGAGAGGUCAAGGUCACACAAAGAAUUCAAGGUCACAACAAUCCACAGGAGAUACGCAAAUUGAAGCGAGGAGACUAUUUUGGUGAAAAGUCUUUGCUAAGUGAAGAUCGUCGUACAGCUAAUGUGAUAGCCCUGCCACCUGGUGUAGAAUGUUUAACAGUAGAUAGAGAUUCUUUUAAUCAGUUAAUUGGUGAUUUGAAUGAAUUAAGAACAAAAGAUUAUGGUGAUGAAGCUAGAGGUGCAUCACGUUUGAGUGGUGAGUUAACACCAGGUUCUAGAGAUAAAGACAGAAUAUUGGAGGAGUUUGUCAAUAUUAAAAUUGAUGAUCUAGAUGUAGUAGCCACAUUGGGUAUGGGUGGCUUUGGCAGGGUAGAACUGGUGCAGCUAUCAAAUGACAAGAUGAAGACAUAUGCCUUGAAGUGCCUUAAAAAGAAACACAUAGUUGAUACUCGACAACAGGAACAUAUUUACUCAGAGAAACAGAUAAUGUUAACAUCUAGAACGCCUUUUAUUGCCAGAUUAUUUAAAACAUUUCGUGAUAAUAAAUAUGUAUAUAUGAUGAUGGAAGCCUGUUUAGGUGGUGAAUUAUGGACUAUUCUAAGAGACAGAGGAAGUUUUGAUGAUAAAACAACACGUUUCUAUGUAUCAUGUGUAGUAGAAGCGUUUAAAUAUUUACAUCAUAAAGGUAUUAUAUAUCGUGAUCUGAAACCAGAAAAUUUACUACUGGAUAAUAAGGGCUACAUCAAACUAGUUGAUUUUGGCUUUGCAAAAAAGAUUGGUGCUGGAAAAAAAACCUGGACGUUUUGUGGAACUCCAGAAUAUGUAGCUCCUGAAAUAAUCUUAAACAAGGGGCAUGAUCAUGCUGCUGAUUAUUGGUCUUUGGGAAUCUUGAUGUUUGAACUUUUAACUGGAAGCCCUCCAUUUUCUGGUUCUGAUCCAAUGAAGACGUACAAUAUAAUAUUAAAGGGUAUUGAUGUGAUAGAAUUUCCAAGGAAAAUUAGUCGUAAUGCUCAUGCUUUGAUUAAGAAGUUAUGUCGAGAUGCUCCAGUUGAGAGAUUGGGUUAUGGUAAAAAUGGCAUCACUGAUAUUAAAAAACACAAAUGGUUCCAAGGUUUUGAUUGGGAAGGUUUAUUGAAUCAUAGUAUUACUCCACCUAUUAUACCAAAGGUAAAAAAUCCAACAGAUUACAGUAAUUUUGACAGUUAUCCUAAAGAUAAUGACAUUCCAGCAGAUGAAACUUCAGGAUGGGACGCAGAUUUUUGA